AUGCGGCCCAUUGCACUUUUGCGACGGUCCCUAACUCCAGUGGGUCAUUGUCCCAGCUGUGAAGGGUCUUCUCCGCUGUUUAUUGUGUCCAUCAAGCUACUGGUGUAGCAUCAAUCCCACUGCUCCUGCACGCUAGCAUCCGAGCUGGGGUCAUGGUGAGGAAGAGGCUGGGUGAGGAAGAGGAUCAUCUCCAGCAGCCGGCACAGGACCCGACCAUCUGAAGCGGAGCGGGGGUAGUCGGCUAAGCUGCUUACAGCCCGGCCAGCAGCAGCAGCAGGCCUCCGGUGACAGGGAUGCGAGGAAUGGACGGCGUCACCAGCUCAGAGGCGUGUGAGAGGAGGCUUUGUUCGGCACCGCUGUCAUCGCCAUAACUGGACCAGCUCACCUGAAGGAAUGUUCACCCUCACAGAAGUUGCCGCCCUGAACGACAUCCAGCCAACUUAUCGAAUCCUGAAACCAUGGUGGGAUGUCUUUAUGGAUUAUCUCGGUAUUGUCAUGCUGAUGCUGGCCAUAUUUUCAGGAACCAUGCAGUUAACCAAAGACCAAGUGGUCUGUCUUCCCAUCAUGGAACCAUCUCCGGAGGAGGUUGGGGACUUCUUGGGCCCCCAACCACCAGAGACAGCUGAUGGUUUCUGGAACAAAGAAAGUGCCAUUGGGGAGCAAGCUGCUCCCCUAAUGGCUAAAAGGCCUCCUGAUAGCAUUGCACCUACAAUUCCCUUGGCACAGCCAUCUCCAUUUGGGCAACCCAAACCUACAGGUGUCAGAACCAAGCUGGAUUUUCAGCAGUAUGUUUUCGUCAACCAGAUGUGCUACCAUGUUGCCCUUCCUUGGUAUUCCAAGUAUUUCCCCUACCUCGCUCUAAUCCACACUAUUGUUUUGAUGGUCAGCAGCAACUUCUGGUUCAAGUACCCAAAGACAAGCUCCAAAAUAGAACAUUUUGUGUCCAUCCUUGGAAAAUGUUUUGAAUCACCAUGGACUACUAAAGCCCUGUCCGAGACCGCUUGUGAGGACUCGGAGGAGAACAAACAAAGACUGGCUGAUGCGUCCUGCCUCCUUAAACAUAUGUCCACAAGCAGCGAGGAGGGGAGUCCAAACCAGUCUGCCCCAGUGCUGACUAAAUCUGGGGUCACGUUCUCGGCUGAAAAGCUUGUGAGUGAAGUUCCCUCUAUGACCAUACUGGACAAGAAAGAUGGGGAACAAGCAAAGGCCUUGUUUGAAAAAGUUCGGAAAUUCCGUGCCCAUGUGGAAGACAGUGACUUGAUUUACAGGCUGUAUGCCAUGCAGACAGUCAUCAAAACAGUCAAAUUCAUUUUGAUCCUUUGCUACACAAUGACAUUCGUUGCCUCCAUAGAUUUUGACCAUGUGUGUGAGCCUGAGAUAAAGCAUUUGACUGGAUACUCUAAAUUCCAUUGUACACAUAACAUGGCUUUCAUGUUGAAGAAGCUACUUGUCAGCUAUAUUGCUCUCAUAUGUGUUUAUGGCGUUAUUUGCAUAUAUACAUUGUUCUGGCUUUUUCGUCGGCCACUAAAGGAGUAUUCCUUUGAAAAAGUCAGAGAGGAGAGCAGCUUCAGUGACAUUCCUGAUGUUAAAAAUGACUUUGCGUUCCUCCUCCACAUGGUCGAUCAGUAUGACCAGCUGUACUCAAAGCGUUUUGGAGUUUUUCUCUCAGAAGUGAGUGAAAACAAACUUCGAGAGAUCAGCCUGAACCACGAGUGGACCUAUGAGAAGUUGCGACAGCAUGUAACACGCAAUGCUCAAGAUAAGCUGGAACUUCAUCUUUUUAUGCUUUCUGGAGUUCCGGACGCUGUGUUCGAUCACACUGAUUUGGAAAUCCUUAAACUAGAAUUAAUCCCAGAGGCCAGGAUAACUGCUAAGAUCUCACAAAUGGUAAACCUCCAGGAGUUGCAAUUCUAUCACUGUCCAGCCAAAGUUGAGCAGACUGCUUUCAUUUUUCUUCGCGAUCACCUACGGUGCCUUCAUGUCAAAUUCACAGAUGUCGCUGAGAUUCCUAGCUGGGUAUACUUAUUGAAAAGCUUAAGGGAACUAUACCUGAUUGGUAACCUGAACUCUGAAAACAAUAAAAUGAUUGGACUCGAGUCUCUCCGAGACCUCAGGCACCUAAAGAUACUGCAUCUCAAAAGCAACCUCACAAAGGUUCCCACAAACAUAACCGACCUGUCCCCACAUCUGAUCAAGUUGGUCAUUCAUAAUGACGGUACAAAGCUUUUAGUCCUGAAUAGUUUGAAGAAAAUGAUGAAUCUCGCAGAGUUGGAGCUUCAUAAUUGUGAGCUGGAGCGAAUCCCCCAUGCUAUCUUCAGUUUGAACAACCUUCAGGAGCUUGAUCUCAAAUCCAACAAUAUUCGUACCAUCGAGGAGGUCAUCAGCUUUCAGCACCUGAAGAGACUAACGUGCCUCAAACUCUGGCACAAUAAGAUCAUCAAUAUUCCCCUGUCAAUCAGCCACGUCAAAAACCUUGAGUCACUCUAUCUCUCGCACAACAAGCUUGAGUCUCUACCUUCUUCAUUAUUCACCCUCCUGAAGUUGAGGUACCUAGACGUGAGCCAUAACUCCAUAGUGGUGAUACCGCUGGAGGUUGGCUUUCUGCAGAACCUGCAACAUUUUGCCAUUAACAACAACAGAGUGGAGAUCGUCCCAAAGCAACGGUUCAAGUGCAACAAGCUGAGGACCUUAUGUAUCAGCCACAACUGCAUCUCGUCCAUUCCGGAAAAAAUUGGCCAACUCUCACAGCUGGCACAUCUGGAAAUGAAGGGAAACUGCCUGGAUCGUCUGCCCGUCCAGCUCGGCCAGUGCUGCCUCCUCCGCAGGAGCUGCCUGAUGCUGGAGGAUCACCUCUUCGACUCUCUCCCCAUGGAGGUCAAAGAGAGCAUCAACCAGGAUUCCAGUGCUUCUUUUACAAAUGGGUGCAAGUGUCUCAGUGAUGGGCGGUAGUGACAUUCUACCUGGGAUCAUAUGUUAUACCAUUUCAUCUUAGUCUUUUAGCUCAUGCAUUGAGAAGCAGUAGUUCAAGGUAUAGUGUUGUAGGCAAUACUUGCUUUGCCUAUGCUUCAUGAUGUUUUAGGAGCAUACAUACAUGAACAGCACAUACAAAGUCAAUACCACUGGACAUAUUUUAGAUAAACAGUAGACAUUAUCACAACUUGUGUCACCUCUUUUGUUUUUAUUUGUAUUGUUCUCAGUCAGUGUGGUUGUACAAAAGUAGUUAAAUCAGUCAGUUUAUAUUUUUUUAAACUUUUGUUUGCAAAAUAUCUACAGGGAAAUGUAUAUAAUUUCCCCUUUUUGAAGUACUUUUUUUUUUUUUUUUUUACAUAAAUGUAUUCACAUUCAUUCUCUUGGAGUAGAGACAAGAGAAAGAUAUCUCACAUCUUAGACAAGCAAUUCAAACCUACUUUCAUGAUAAUAGUUUCCUCAUUUGGGCGAACAGACCCUUUAGAGAGCACUCAACCCUAACAGUAUCCUUGGGACCACUAAAAGAUAUUAUUCCAGUAGUUUCCAUCAGGUCUAGCUUCAGGGCCCAAGACAGACAUCCGGUCUGACAUCAACCAACUUGACAACGAAUCUGUAAACAUUAUUUCCACCCAUGCACUCUUCAUCUUCAUGUUGUGAAGGGACAUAGCUUACCACACUGCCACCCUUUGGUGUUAUAUCACAAAAAUGUAACCAAAAUAACUUACGUGCAGCUGCGUAAAGCUCAAAUAUUUAAGUAAAAAUAAAAAGGAGCUUUGUACAUUAAUAUUAAACCAUAUCAGAAGCAUAUACCAGCGUUUGGGGCGUAUUAAGCUGACAAGAAACUACAGCAUAACAUAAACAGGCCUGACAAAAAGAAAAAGAUUGAUACAACAGCUGCAGUACAAUAGGUUUUAACCCAAAAACUUCUACAUUUCAACUUGUAUGAUUACAGCCACAUGCAUUCCAGUUUGAAUACACUUGUAAUGUCUUUAUUUUUAUACAGUUAAUUGGACAAACAGUAAAUUGGAGUUCUGUUUCUUGUUCACAGGCCAACUCACUGAUGGAUUUUAAAUGUUUUUAUUUUUGCGCCCAUGUUUUACUAUGUUUGAUUCUUGUAAACAAUAUUUAUGUAUAUUUUGUGUUCUUUGUAUGGAAUCAUGACCUCAUUGUCUUGUAUCUGUCUCUACACAGCAAACCUGUAAACCUGGUUUUAACAUUUUCUACACAAAUACUGGUUUUAAUUAUACAACUAUUACCAUUGAAAGUUAGAAAUGAAGCUAAAAUUGCACUCUAAAUGUUUUUGUAACAUAAAAACAUCAUUAUGAAAUAUUCAGCAUACUUAUAAAGUUGAACCUCGAUGCCUGGAACACCUGGCAGAUUUAUUUAUUAUCAAAGAAAGUGCAGGCAAAAAAGUUCUCCUUACUUAACAUGAAAACGGUUAACAUGCUGCCGGACAUCCCAAACUCUUAAGGGAUCACGUCACAACGUUAGAUUGUGAAACCUCAGUCAUUUAACAGAGGUGUAUAAACAUUGUGACAAAUACUAUCUAUGCAUUACACUCACUGAAGUGUUUCUUUAGUGAAGAAUUAGUGGAGAAUUAUGUGGCGAACCAUAAUAACCAGAUGUAGUUAUUUUUCUAUGCUUUGUUACUAUCAAAAGUAUAAAUUUGAAAUAGUCAACUACACAAUUUACCAUAUAGUAUUUUGAAAGUUAGCAUUAAAAUGUUCUCAGUCAGGUGCAGCUUUGUCCCUCUACCCCACAGCUAUUUGUUUAAAAAGCAUCACAUGCGGAACACAAUAGUCUCUAUGUGAAAAUGACAUGAAGCGUUUUAGAACUUGGAUAUAGCAUGACCUUGAUGACUGAGAAUCUACAAAGACAUAUGACAUGAAGCAGUGUAACACACAGUGCUCCUAUAUCUCAUUGUCUCCUGUUCAUCCAGUUCAUACUUAUGAAUGACUCAUCAUUUCAGGGGAACAUUCUGUAAGUGUAGGAUGACUGGACCAUCACAACUGUGUCGUAUUUCACUAAACAUAAUAAAAACCCUCUCUCUUGCUGAUGUGUGUGUGCGAGAGAGGGAGAGCUGUGAGCAUAUACGAAUUGUGGGAAAUCAAAACAUUUCACUGGAAUAAUAUGAGUUAUGAAUAAAUGCUGGUUCUGUAAUCUCGAUUUGAAUUUGUCGUGAUAGCUGCCACAAGAAAUAUUCAGUGUUUAUAAUUAAUUGUAAAUGACCUAACCCGUACUAUACCAUCAUCUUUUCUACCCUUAGCUAUGAACAAGAUCCAAAACAUGUCAUGUGUUGAACAUGAUACUGGAGAGUGUACGCUUUGCUGAUAGACAGUGAGCUUACAUUUCAAGAACAUCCGAGAUAUUCUUCAAUACAUUUGUUCAGAUAAUCGUUACUCAAAAUUCUGAUUACAAAAAUUACAGUAUUGCUCAUAUUAUCAUAUGAAUUCUGUCAUUGCAACAAACUGGAUUUGCACUGUCGAUGUCCCUGUGCUCUCUUUCUCCAGACCUCUCAUUUGUCUGUAUAUGAGGUAAAAACUGAACAUUUGCUAUGUGACAGUAUCAAUUUUGUAUGAGUCAUAGUUAGGUGUAUAUACCAGCAGCUGGUUGAAGAACUAAAAAAACAGCUGAUGAAUUACCCUCAGCACCAAACCCCACUACUGUUAUUCAAUAUACAUGUAAUGAAACUUCCCAAACAUGAUAAACCACGAGGGGAGGUUGUGGAUGAUGCAGCUGUCUGAAAGUCAAACUGAAAACAUUUGUUGGAUAAUGUUGCCCUCUGCUGGAAUUAAUAGUGACUACACAUUAUAACAACUCUGGGCAUUAUCUUGAUUGCUGCAUGCUGAACAAAACGAAAUGAAAUAUAUUGUUUUGGAUGCAAGCUACCGUAUCGUUUUCCAAUUUUUAUAAGACACUUAUUCUCAUCAAACCG